AUGUUGUCAAAUAAGGUUUGUAAGUUACAUUCAACGCAUGCUAAAGUACUUUUAAGACUAUAUUCAUCGUUCAAUCCUGCUGAACAAUUAACAAUUCGUGAUAUAAAUCCAUCUACGGUCGAAGCUAAAUAUGCCGUUCGAGGUAAAAUACCAAUUAUAGCCGAUGGUUUGAAUGAAUUAAUAAAACAUGACCCUUCAAGUCAUGGUUUGCCGUUUCAAAAAAUUGUAAAUGCAAAUAUAGGUAAUCCUCAACAAUUGGAUCAACAACCUUUAACGUGGUAUAGACAAGUAUUAUCCAUAUUACAAUAUCCAGAAUUGUUAAAUCAAAAAGAGAUAUUUCCUAAGGAUGUAAGAGAAAGAGCUAAAAUAUUGUUACAUCAUAUCGGUUCUGUUGGUGCAUAUUCUCAAUCACAAGGUGCUCCAUAUAUUAGACAAUCAAUUGCAGAAUUUAUAACUAAAAGAGAUAAAGGUUUUAUAUCGGAUGCAAAUAAUAUUUAUUUAACAAGUGGUGCUUCAACUGCUGUAUCUUAUUUAUUACAAAUUUUAUCAGUUGAUUCAAAUUCAGGUUUUUUAAUCCCAAUACCUCAAUAUCCUUUAUAUACUGCUACAAUUGCCUUGAAUAAUGCAAAACCAAUUGGUUAUUAUUUAGAUGAAUCAAAUAAUUGGUCUACAAAUACUAAAGAACUACGUGAAUUAAUCAUUGAUAAUCAACAAAAAGGUAUAAAAAUUAAAUCUUUAGUCGUCAUAAACCCUGGUAAUCCAACUGGUGCAAUUUUAUCAACUCAAGAUAUGAUUGAGUUAAUUGAUUUAGCUGCAGAAUAUGGUAUAGUUUUAAUUGCUGAUGAAGUUUAUCAAGAAAAUAUAUUCAAAGGUGACUUUAUUUCUUUCAAACGUGUUUUAUCAGAAUUAAUUGAAAAAAAUCAUGAUCUUUAUCACAAAGUUCAAUUAGCUUCAUUGCAUUCAACUUCAAAAGGUGUAAGUGGUGAAUGUGGCCAAAGAGGUGGUUAUAUGGAAUUGGUCGGUUUCAAAUCUGAAGUUAAAGAUAUUGUUUUUAAAUUAGCUUCAAUCAAUUUAUGUUCUGUUGUAAGUGGUCAAGCAUUGAUGGAAUUAAUGAUUAACCCGCCAAAAGAAGGUGAUGAAAGUUUUGAAUUAUAUAAAAAAGAAACUGACUCAAUCCAUUAUGAUUUACAAACAAGAGCAGAAGCAUUAUAUAAUGCAUUUAAUCAAAUGGAGGAUAUUAAUUGUGAUAAGCCAAUGGGUGCCAUGUAUAUUUUUCCAAAAUUGAAUUUUGAUUCAAAGAUUUAUCAUAAACUAUUCUCAAGAGCUAAAAACUCGAAUUUACAAAUUGAUGAUAUUUAUUGUAUUGAAUUAUUGGAACAUACUGGAAUUUGUUGUGUACCUGGAAACGGAUUUGGUCAAAAAAGAGACACUUAUCAUUUGAGAACUACAUUUUUACCUCCUGGUAAAGAAUGGAUAGAUAGAUGGACAAAAUUCCACAAGGAAUUUGUUAAAAAAUAUAAGGAUGUAAAUAUGUGA